AUGAAGGCAACCAGUUUCUAUGUUCUGUUAUUUUUUUGCUGGAAAAUGAUUUAUUGUCAUUCCUGUGAGCUGUCCAAUAUUACAAUAGCAGUGGAGAAGGAAGAAUGCGGAUUUUGCAUCAGUGUAAAUGCAACCUGGUGCUCUGGUUACUGCUUCACAAAGAAACCAGUUGAUAUGAGCCUUCAAAUCCAAUAUGUCCAGAAUGUCUGCACAUUCAAAUCAAUUGUGUAUGAGACUGUAAAGAUCCCAGGUUGUGCUGGCCAUGCAGAAUCAUUUUAUUCCUACCCUGUUGCAACAGGAUGUCACUGCAAGACCUGUGACACAGACAUUACCGACUGUACCUGGAGAGGCUUGGAGCCAAAUUAUUGUUCCUAUGGCCAACAUCGGAUCAGGGAGUGA